ACAGCCUGCCGGAGUGAAGAGUAGCUGUCUGGGAUUGUUCGUUCAGAAGACUAGUGAUCCUACAGCGGCAUCAGGACGAGACGGUGGCAGAGCGACACAAACAAAGGCUGGAUGACGCGUUACAUCGGGUAGCAUACCUGCGCAUGGGAUUUGACUUUGUAUGUUGCUUCCUUGAUUCAACUGAUAUUUUAAUUGCAUUGUCAGAUCCCGUCAGUUGUGCGCCAUGGCGGAGGUUGGGGGCUUUCUAGGGACACUCGACUUGGAUUUACAGAGUUUCCCCGCACUAGGAAGUAUGCCCUUGGCAGAGGCGCCAGCAGGGUUACUGGAUGAGAGGCUGGGACAGAUCGAGGGGAGGUUACAGCGAGGCUCGCUGACAGAUUUCGAGCACCUUAAAGGGAUUCUGCGGCGGAGGCAGCUGUACUGUCGAACCGGAUUCCAGCUGGAGAUAUUCCCCAACGGGACCGUGUACGGGACAAGACAGGACCACAGCAGAUUCGGUAUCCUAGAGUUCAUCAGCCUGGCUGUAGGGCUGGUCAGUAUUAGAGGAGUGGACGCAGGACUCUACCUGGGCAUGAACGAAAGAGGAGAGCUCUAUGGGUCGAAGAAGUUAACAGCGGAGUGCGUGUUCAGAGAGCAGUUUGAGGAGAAUUGGUACAACACAUACGCCUCUACGCUCUACAAACACACCGACACCGGACGCUUCUACUACGUAGCGCUCAACAAGGACGGCUCGCCACGGGAGGGGGGGAGGACGAAGAAACACCAGAAACUAACGCACUUCCUGCCUCGGCCUGUGGAGAUAGAGAAGAUCCCCCAGGCUUACAGAGAUCUGUUCCAAUACAGGUGACCAGGGCUGAGCCUGGGAGAGAGCAAUGAGGAGGAGGAAAGGGAGGAGAGAGGUAGAUGUUUGGCACUAAGGACAGGAUUCAGUACUCCCACUGACCUCGCUCGCCUGUCUCCAGCCCCCAACAAAGGUGUUUAUGUAUUGUCCUUCCAGCCCUCCCAAAAUCCCUCCUGUUCCUCCGAGGACCAACGACCAGAGAGAUAAACAUAGCUUGUGUUGCUGGACAUUAACUUUCUAAAAGGGCUGUUUGACCUCAGAGGGGUCAGAGCAGAGCAGUGGAAACGCUCUUCUCUCCAGCCACUGAGGAGGAGGAGGGGAGGGGUGGUCCUACUACAGUUAGGUGUCAUUAGGCCCAUAAGACCUCACCCUGGAGGAGAGCACAGAGUCGAGCGGAGGAGAUAAUCUCUUCACUAAACGGAUAGGAGAGAGAGAUGGAGGGAGAGAGACUGGACUGGCGUCAGGCCUGUAUGACUGCCUAACCCACCCUGGGAUAACCGCAGGUUAAAACCACCUGAACCAUUAACCACCUGAA